AUCAUGCACUAUAAAUCAUCAAGGAUAAAAACCGGUUUAGAACAGCGUAAAUAAAGGAUACUUUUUGCGAAGUUUACGUGAAGCUGUGUAUUUGUUAAUCCAAGAUGUUUGAAAGUUUGCCCUAUGGGGGCCUGGCUUAUGGCUGGAUUCCAUUCACGAUCGUUCUAAUAUUCUGUCUUCUGUUCUCAAUUAUCUAUGUUCUCUAUCACCGAGCAAGUCGGCCCAAAUACACUGGAUCAGCUGUAAUUACAAUUUUAGGAUUGUUCUUUGCCCUGGUUUCGUCUCUGCUUGUGCCUCUAGAUGUGUUCCUUGUCUCCUACAUGAAGAAUACCGACGGUUCCUGGAAAGCCUGGGCAGAAACAGAGGAGGAUCGAGACACAAUCAAGAAUUCAAUUCUGUAUUGCUACUACUUCUGCUAUUCAGUGGUUCUUGUAUUCUGCUUUCUUCUCUUUCCAGCAACAUUCUUCUUCCAUAGUGUUCCCGCAGACCAGGAUGAGGAAGAACCCAGCUGUGGAGCUAAGUUGUGUAAAUCCAUCAAAUUUACAUUUGUCUCCCUUCUCCUCUUCUCAUUUCUUGUAGUUGGAGGAAUAUUUAUUCCAUUUAACGGAAUGCCCCCAAGUAAUGAGACUAGCUGGGAGAAGAUUGAAUGGUUCUUCUAUGAACUGGACGCAAAUAAGGGAGAGGACUUAUUGGUCUUCAUUCUCAACGUUGUAAAUCUGAUAGGAAUGAUAAUAUUGAUUAUCUAUACUGGGUUUGGUCUUUCUUCCUUCCCUUGGGGUAUCCUGGCAGGCCGCAGAAACGUUGAUGCUGAGAGAAGUUCUCUUCAAAUCAGUAUUCAGGAACUGGAAUCUCAGAUAAAUGAGAUCAGGGUUAGAAAUGGAAAUAAUUCCAUUCCUCGCUUCGAGCAAAGUCAGUUAGAUCGGCUAGAACAGCAGGUUCGAUUGUUACAAAGAGAGGAGAAGGAUCUGGAGCAACGAGCCCGGAAUAUUAUCAACCGUUGUAAACUCCUUUGCAUGCCUUGUCGUAUACUGAUAGGAAUAUUGUUCACUGGUUUUGGAUUCAUUAUCUUUCUAUCUCUUCUGUUGGAGAAUAUUGAUAAGGCAAUACACUCUGAAGGACCGUACUCUGGGUAUACACUUGUCAACGGAACUAUUCCUAAUCCCCUUGACGUAGUUCUUGUUCUAACACAGAAUAUAUUCCCACUCGACUAUAUUCUUUACACAGCGUUGAUAUUAUUCCUGGUUUUGAGUUCUAUGAAAGGAAUAAAAAGUGUUGGAAUAAGAUUCUUCUGUGUCUCUCUUUACAAAAUCAGUUUGAUGUAUAUUAUCAUGGCUCUGAACGUGAUAAUGUUCUCUCUAGUUCCUAACUAUACUAUGUUUGGAAACCAGCACUAUCGUCACAACACAACUGAUAAUACCACAGUAGUAGAACGCUGUGGCGCAACAUCAUUUCCAGAAAAAAAGGAUAAUUGUGUUCCAUCAAGAAUAUCUGUUCUACUCCUUUCCUUCCACUACAAGGCCUGGAUUUUCGGAGCAGCAUACUACUGGUUAACCUGGGUUCUCCUAGUCGCUGUUGUUUUGGGGUCAUUUUAUACCCUCUACAAUCUAAGGCGUCCUAGAAGACAAGAGGAGGAAGAAGAAGAUCUGAUUAGUACUUAAAGAGAACCAUAAUCGUAUAUCGAUUAGGAAUUAAAUAAUCCGAAAAUUUUCAAUGGAGAUGAUUCUGACUUCUGCAAUUUUUUUAACAAACUUCAUAAGUCUUUGCUUGUCACUGAAUGAUUAUUAUUAUUAUUAUAUCUAAAAAAAUGUGUGUUUACAGAAAAUUUAAACAAACAAUCUCUCUUUAUCACAUUUCGUAUUUCUAUUAAAUCAAAUUACUCACAUUAAUUGUACAGUAUUUUUAAAAUAUGAGAUCUGGAAAAUAUUUAGUUUUUAUCUUAAUCUAUUUUUGAAAGCAGACCCUCAAAAAAUAAUUGGCAAUGCUGAACUAUUUAAGACAACCCUCGGUAUGCAAAUGAAUGCAAUACAUUUUAUUAAAAGAUGAUUAAAAGAUACUUAACAUAAAUUAUCAUAAUGACAUCCAGAGGCGUAUUCAAUCUUUCAUCUAGGAGGCGGGAAUUAGAUUUGUAAAAUAUUGGAUUCAAGGAGAAAAACAAUUCUUUCAUCUGUUCUUUAAAUUUUUAAUAUUUUUGACAGGGAGAAAUUAAAUUUAUUAAAGAGAAGCGGUCCCUUAAUGAAAUGAAUUAAGG